CGCGCGAGCAGUAACAUCAGCGUGCGCCAGCAGCAGUAGCGUUUGUUGUUUGCUCCGCGGCAACCGGCAUCUCUCGAGCAGACGAACUCGUAUGAUCAUAACACGCAACGCAGCGACGGUGAGUGCACGUGUUCGGUACAGUUUGGCUCGUACGUUUCAAUGUGCAUGUUGUGUUGAGUAGUGAUCAAAGUAGGUAUCUUCAGUGACUACAGUGUAUGUGCUAAAAAGGAUGCUGGUGCUUAUCAGUGGUGGCAUGGUGUGUUACUUUUGAAGAAAAAGCUUAUGAAUAUUAUCAGUUGUGAUUAAACUCUGGUAGUGCGUGAUAAGAAGGUGAAAAAUAAUUAUUCAGUGUUUCCACUAACAUUAGUGGCGUUUUAAAAAGUAGAUACUCCUUAACAUUCCACCGUCUCCAUGAAUCAAUCGGCAAUGGCUGAGGAGCCACAGUGUCACAUAAUGGAUAAAAACAUCGAUUUCCACAUCGUUCAGUUGUUUGAGCGGUUGGAAACACUGCGGAAGGAUCCAGGUCCCAAGUUAUCGCUCUCCGUGCAAGGGCGCGCCAACAUGCACAAGGAACUUCGCACACUGGAGCUUUGGAGAUCGGUCACGUCGGAGUGUUUGGCUUCGUUUUUCUACGUGUUUGUCGUUUGCGGUGCAGCUGCCGGUGCGGGCGUUGGAGCGAGCGUGUCGUCACUAUUGCUGGCAACAUCGCUUGCUUCUGGACUGAUCGUCAUCGUACUGACGCAGUGCUUUCUGCACGUUUCAGGCGCACAUAUAAAUCCAGCUGUCACCAUGGCCCUGGCGGUGACACGAAAGAUAUCGGCGCUCCGUGCCAUCCUGUACAUUACGGCCCAGUGCGGUGGAUCGAUUGCCGGUGCUGCCAUGCUGUAUGGCGUCACAGUUCCGGGUUAUCAAGGUAAUCUUCAGGCAGCUGUUUCGCACAGUGCUCAACUGGCACCCUGGGAGCGGUUCGGGGUCGAGUUUAUCCUGACAUUUAUCGUCGUCCUGGCAUACCUCAUCUCGACCUGUUCCUUCAAGAAGUACUUCGGUUCGUCCGCGAUCGUCAUCGGUGCGGCAUACAGUGCGUGCAGUUUUGUUUCGAUGCCUUAUCUAAAUCCAGCUCGCUCUUUGGGUCCAUCAUUUGUGCUGAAUAAAUGGGAUAACCAUUGGGUGUAUUGGAUUGGACCGUUCUUUGGUGGGAUUAUUGCUGGCUUGAUACAUCAGUUCGUGUUUACGCCAAAACAGAAAUCGAAGAGCAAAUCGAAGAGUGCCAAUAGCUCGAACGUCUCUGCAGUCGCGGCAGAAGAGCCCAACAACUACACGGUGGACGUGAGCAAGAUGGCUGCAACGCAAGGUAUUGUUGGAAAGUUCCAAAACGCGCGUCAUCAUAGUGGUACACUACCCUCACGCUUCUGCCAUAGCAUGUACGCGAGUAGUGAUCAACCGACGAUAAAGAUCGAACCACUGGAACCCAUCUACGGUGCCGCUAGCAAAUCGAUGUUUGGCAAAUCUCCGCAAAUGUCUCGUUCGAACCUUAAUCGCUCACAGUCAGUGUAUGCGAAGAGUAAUACCGCUCUGCAUCAGGAAAUUCCGGCCACAGUUGCUGCUACGGCUACCCUACGUCCAGGUGUAUUAGUUCCAGCACAAAGCCUGUAUCCACUGCGCGUCACACAACAGCAGCAACAGCAGCCCCAUGUGCACACCCAAAACCAGAACGUACAGAACCAGCUACAUCAACGAUCGGAGAGUAUUUAUGGAAUUCGCAAUACGGUACGACAGCAGCAACAACUGGCAGAGCAUCUUACACAGCAGCUAGCACCCCGGCCAAGCCACUCGGAAGGAGGGCCAUCGUUUCAACCCAUCUACUCCGUACGGAAUAAUCCCAGCUGCUCGGCGGAUGGGUUGCGAGAUGUUCACGAACAGGCCGGCUGCGAUAAGGUAAUCAACACGCUGGCGCGCACCGAGCGGCCAGAAUCCGUGUACGCCGCCACACGCCGCAUCCAUUCGACACAUUCGGACGACAGUUCGUACGGAUCGUAUCAUGGAAAUGGGCAGGGUAAUACACCGCCAACGCGUGACCAUCCGCACGGUGCCUACGGUGGUUCGCUGCUGCAUCCGCCGUCAAGCUCUCGUACGCUGCCACACCCGCACGGACAUCGGGGAGUCGUCAUACACGAUCCGAGCAUGCCGCCUCCGCCACCACCGCUUAUGAGCUGCAGCUAAAUGCACAGACCGACCGCUUGAAGUCUGGUGCACCAAACAUCUAAUCCACCAAUGAACUCGUGUAGUCGUUAAGUGUAGAAUUUUGCGUGUGUACUGCUCCAACGCGUAUUUACAGAUAGUGAUCCUAUUAGUCGUCUAAGCAUGUUAUUUAUAAACCGAACGAAGCCACAGAGCCCCGUAGAGUGUAGUAAUUUAUGGCAGUUCCAGAGCAUGUCGCACUCCUGUAUGAGCUGUAGGUGUAAGACUGAAUAGCAGACCGAAGUAGGAGACAAAACCAACAAAAACCGAUUGUAUUGACAUGCACUGUGUUUUAAGAAUUUAUGAUGAAUAAAUGUAAUCCUGGUUGAA